CAACUCUAGUGGAUUCUUUUAACCAAUGAUGAGCGAGAGUUUUUCUUUUUAGUCCCGCCUCCUCCGGUAGCUGCUACUACAGCGAGCACAGAAAAGUCAAUCCGUUUGGACUUCUGCAGGUGGGCGUACUGUCUCUUUAACCUGUAUGCGUGAGUAACAUCCACAUCUACCUGUCAACAUGAGCGACACCUGGCAGGAGUGCAUGGACCUCUGUGUGGAGGUCACCAAGGAGGCUGGAAAGAUGAUCCACGAGGCGCUCCAGAAGGACAUCGCCGUCAUGCAUAAGAGCUCGGCAGUUGACCUGGUGACCGAGACGGACCAGAAAGUGGAGCAGCUCAUUAUAUCCUCCAUCAAGGAGAAGUACCCCACUCACAGUUUCAUAGGUGAGGAGUCUGUAGCAGCGGGCGCCCCAAGCAUUCUAACCGACAGUCCAACCUGGAUAAUCGACCCAAUCGAUGGCACCACCAACUUCGUUCACAGGUUCCCCUUUGUGUCUGUAUCUAUUGGCUUCACUGUGAAGAAAGAGAUAGAGUUUGGUAUCGUCUACAGCUGCAUUGAGGAUAAGAUGUACACAGCACGGAAAGGGAAAGGAGCUUUCUGCAACGGAGUCCCUAUCAAAGUGUCUGGACAGGAAGAUAUUAGCCAGUCUCUGGUUCUGACCGAAAUGGGCUUCAAGAAAAAUCCGGAGCAUUUCAAAACAAUGAUGGCCAACAUGAAGACCAUCAUCUCCCUCCCUGUGCACGGUAUCCGCUCCCCGGGCAGUGCAGCUGUCAACAUGUGUCUGGUAGCGUGCGGGUCGGCUGACGCUUACUACCACAUGGGCAUCCACUGCUGGGACAUGGCCGGAGGGGCAGCCGUCGUUACCGAGGCCGGAGGAGUUAUCAUGGAUAUUUCAGGUGGACCAUUCGAUCUGAUGUCUCGGAGGCUGAUUGUCGCCAGCAGCCGAGUGAUAGCAGAACGCAUCGCCAAGGAGAUCACAGAGUUUGACGUUGGCAGGGACGACACAGAUGGCUAAUAAAUUCCCCAUCAUCGUCCUCUCGGCAGACUGAACAGGUUUUUAAACACACAACUGUUUUGCAUAUAACAAGUCAUGAUCGCUUCUUUGCCUUAAGAACCAAAACAAUAAACGUACCUCUGAAGAACAGCAAAGCAGGUUUUCUUAAAGACACAGCACUCCAGACUUUCAGCCGUCCUUCUGCUGAAACGUUUCUUAUUAGGACAUUCAUGACAUGAUUAAUGUUUGUUGUCUGUGUGUCUAAAUGCACUUGUUUUUAAUCAAUCAUUUCUUAUGUUGUCUAUAUUUAUUCAUGAGCACAAUGCAGUCAGAACAACAUCCCUGAUGGAAUUCCUCUUUUUAAAGGUCCCAUAUUAUGCUUUUUCUGUUUUUUUAUGCUCUUUAGUGUGUUUUCCAAGUGUCCUGUGCAUGUUAAGGCACAUCUGUGUGCAAAAAUUCAAAGUCCGCUGAAUUGCGGCUUCUCCUACGUCCUCCUGUUAGCUGUAGCAUUAGCCGCAUGUAACGCUCGGUUCUAGCCCCCCUCGAUAAAAAAUUUGUCAGUCCGACGUCAUUGUCCAUGAGCCCAUUGGCUCGUUGUGGCAAGCCCUGCAGCUCAUGUUGAAAUUUCCGAGAAGCGCGCUGAGCAACUGACCAAUAACGACAGAGCGGAUCGGCAGACCAAUCAGAGCAGACUUGGCCCACGUGGUCUAACAGUGUGGGCUCAACAGAGUGUAGCUGACGGACUCAGAGUUAUGAGCACACAUUUUCUGAAAAGUGGAGCAGGCAAAAGAUAGAAAGGAUGGACUUUUCUCAUCAUUGGGGGCUUUGUAGAUGGACUAGAGACACACAUUAGUGUUUGUAAAACACGGUAAAGUAUAUUUUGCAUAAUAUGUGACCUUUAAAUAGUUCAAGUUUUUAACAUUCCUUUAGCUUUCUUGUGGGAUAAUUCAUGUCGGAUAUCUGGGAUGAAUGAGUUGUUGUUCAAUUAUUUAUAGGAAUAUUUCUUUAUGCAGUCUGAAAAUACAUUUUAAUGCCCUUCAGGAGUUUGCACUGUAUUUGAUGUACAUCAAGCACUGUAUAACUGCUUCUCUAGGCAGUGUGUUUAAAAAAGGGUUUUUGUUGAAGAAUGUAAUAAAUGCUGCAAAUAAAAAGUCACUAUCCUCUC